AUGAGCUAUCAUUCAUGCCGAAAACGACACUGCAAAAAGCCGAAGCGAAAUGUCGAUAAGGAAUAUCCGAAGCGGCACGAUGAGGAGACGCCUCCGCAGGCGAUUGUUCGCCAACCCAAAGUCUACGAAGCCACCGACGACACAAAAUGGUCGGUGCCUUCCGAAUCCGAAGCAUCCACCUAUAAAAGCUCGAGAAGGUCGCGAAGAGCGUCGCCGAAUCAAUUCGCCAUCGAAAGUUUGGUUGAGCCGCAACUCGAGCAGCACUAUCAAGGCGUAUUAAACAAAAAAGAGGCCGCUCAAAUCACCCGCCUCGACGAUUUUAUAUUGUAUUAUCGAAUUGCGAAAGAGCCGCUGAAAGCCGAUGUGCCGAUAUCGAUUCCAUUAUUCAUUUGUCAUCGCAACACCGACAACCAGGUGUUCAAUUUUCGCGUUCAGCAAGUCAUCAGCGAGAACAACAGCCUCUGGUGGACGGUGAUCAUCAACAAGCAGCCGACUCAAUUGUUUCGCCGAAUGUCCGACCUCGUCCGCUGCUAUCACACCUAUCGCUACACUCAUCCGGAGACGGGCAAAUCGGAGGUGUUCCCGUUGUGGAAGGAUCGCAAAGCGACCGUCGAGAACAUCGCGCCGCCGACGAAUUAA